GGAGUCCGCUCGUUGAGUCCGUGUCAGUGGAAAAUCAGCAAAGAAAUAUCACUAAACGUCGACGGUAACCGAAUUGAUCGCCGGGAUAGAAAAGCAUGUGGUUUUCACUAAAAAACAUGAAAAUAGUUUAAUCAAUUUACUCGAACCUUUCGGAAAACUUAAUCUGCAGAUUGCCCACACACACACACCCGCUUGCUCAGAUACGGAUACACACACACACACACAUAGAUAACGUGGCUCAAAAGUAAAGUUCGCUUUUCACUGAAACAGAAAAAAGUGAUUUUUGUUGGUGUGUGCAGUGCAACUAGUGCUGUUUUUGGGGAAACGCGCCUUUAAGCCACGAAAAUAACUCCGACUUGCUGAAAUCAACUCAAAAAAAACCAACUCCAAAAAGUUGGCGCUGGUCAAAAAAAAAAAAAAACAACCAGCUACAACAACAACUGGUCACUGGAAAUUACAACAAAUAAAGCAGGCAGCAGAAACAACAACCCAGCAAACGGCAUUCUUUCGCGCAACAACAACGACUCCGAAGAGAGCAAACUCACUCACAGAUAUUGCUCUCCCGCGCGCGUGUUUGUGUGAUGGUGUGAGUGAAUUUUGAUUAAAAAAAUUGUGCGCUCUCCCUCUCCCACACUCAGCCCCAAAAGCCCCAGCCCCUCAGCCCCCUUCCCUUCCAGCGACUCUGGAAUGCGGACCGUUCGCUGUUGACUGCGCAGUCGCAGCGCUCGUCGUGGAAGAGGUCAGAAAACAACAACAGCAACGAAAAUUUUACUGUUAGUCAUUUAUCGAUAGCCAAAUCGAUAGAUUUAUUUCAAAAGUGAAUAUAUGUAUAGUGGGCUAAAAAUUAACAAAACUUCAACUUGAAAACUCAAUUUUUGUGGAUUACGCGAAACAUCAGCAGAAUCAACAAAAGCAACAAUGCCGACAUUUGCAGCGGCUUAAGCAACGUAUUUCGAACGCGCGCGCUGUAUACGGAAAAUGAUGCAGCAUGCGAGCAUUUUGCACCGUCAGCGCGCCUUUGGAAGUAUGCGCGUCCUCAGCCGAGCAACUAUCACCAGGCUCGCGAUUCCUGGCCCUGAGACUUCUGGGGCAGCAGCAGCCGAAAACAUUGUACUUCCUAGUCGAUGCCAAGAGUCGGGUUCGCGAGGUCUACACGCAGACAUGUCUGCACUUUGCCACGCAAGGGAUGCUGGACACCGAACUCUUCGGUCUGGCUGUGCUCAUAGAUGGCGAGUACAUGUUCGCAGAUCCCGAGAGCAAGCUCUCCAAAUACGGCCCGAAGAGCUGGCGAUCCUCGCACACACACGGCCUGGAUGCCAAUGGACGACCGCUCCUGGAGCUACACUUCCGCGUGCAGUUCUACAUCGAGAGCCCGUUCAUGCUGAAAGAUGAGACGUCCCGCCACAAUUACUACCUACAGCUACGCCACAACAUCCUGCAGCGCGAUUUGCCACGCGAGCAGGCGGAGCAGGCGCUGGUCUUCCUGGCCGGACUGGCUCUGCAGGCGGAUCUGGGCGAUGCUCCGCCGGGAUCGGCUAAUUCCAAGGAGGAUUCGGGCGAGGAGGCAUCGACCUCUCCGUCUGGAGGCGGCAGAGGAUUGAGUGUCACCACAACGCUGCCCAAGAUCAGCAAGCGUGCCAACGAGCGGAUGCUAAGGCUCUCCACCUAUGUGGCUUCCACCUCGAAGAGGGAAUCGUCGAUGCCGCUGCCACCCACUUUGCCACCGAACGGGGUGGACUACUACCGGAUAGAGGACUACCUGCCCAGCGGUCUGCACACUCCCUGGGCGCGAAGUGCAAUGCGGGCCUGCCACCGGGAGCACUUGGGCAUGGCCACGGCAGAGGCGGAACUGCUGUACAUCCAGCAGGCCUGCAGUCUCCAUGAAACCAUCAAUGCCCACAUCUACCGCAUGCGGCUGGCCAAAAGCGAGCAGGGCUCGGGCAGUGCUUGGUUCGUGGUCUACGCCAAAGGCAUCAAGAUCCUGGGCGGAGAGUUGAGCACCAGCACCAGCACCAGCUCAUCCUCUUCGUCGGCCGCCGAAGCCAGCACCACCUUUCUCUGGCCAAACAUAACGAAGCUCUCGUUCGAGCGGAAAAAGUUUGAAAUAAGAUCCGGGGAGAGCAGGAUCAUCCUGUAUGCCGCCUCCGAUGAGAAGAACAAACUCCUACUCACACUCUGCAAGGACACGCAUCAGUGGAGCAUGAAGCUGGCGGCCAGGUUGAAGGAGGUGUCCAAGCGCGAGGAGGAAGAGGCUGCCGAGUCGCAGAGGCUGCAUGCCAGCUACGCCUGCUCCAGAAGUCUGCUGCUGCCCUACAAAAGCAAGAACGAGCAGCGCAUUUCGGUGAUCUCGAGCACCAGUUCGAAUACCACCUCUGGGAUUGUGAGUGAUCGAGUGCACUCCGAGGACGAGCUGGAGAUCAUGAUCAAUACACCGCCGGCUCCCCUGGCAGCUCCGUCCACGGAAAGUCUGGCCUUGGCCCAUCUGCUGGACAGACCCAGUGUGAGCAGGCAAACCUCGAGUGUGGGUCAGAUGUCGCUGAAGGAUCUGGAAGAACAACUGGCCGUUUUGAGUGUGAGACCAGCGGAUGCGAGUUCCAAUGGGACCCCACCCAUAACGAACUCCUCAGCGCAGAGAAAUUCCAUGGGUGCCACGGCCAAUGAUUCGUCCACGGCCACAGAUUCACCCAGCUCGCAGCACAACAUUGGCUCCCAGUGCUCCUCCACCUGCAGCACUGUGGUGGUGACCUCGCCUGGCGGUGCAGGUGCUUCCCUAUCAGGCGCCCCCAUUCCCGUGCACUCCACUUCCUCCAGUCUGGAGCUGGGCUUUAGUCACACCGCUCAAAACUCCGCCCUAAGCGACGCGAAUCCCGAGGACUUUCUCUCCACAUCGGUGAGAGAGGAAAUGGAGAGUGUGUCGGGAGCAUCUGGCGUGUAUACCCUAGCCCACGGAGCCACGCCCACGGAAACGUCGGGUGUGUACACCAUGCACAGCAGUGAGUUAACCGGACAAUCUUCGGAGAUGGCUGAGUCGGAGAAGAGCUCACACUACGGGAUGUUUCAGCCGCAGAAACUCGAGGAUAACCUUGAGCCACAUUCCGAUUCGGUAGAUGUUAAGAAGCCAGAGGAGUUCAGGCUGCGAUCGGACUCCAACGUCAGUACGGGGAGUUCCUUCAGAGGCGAUGGCAGCGAUCCCACGGACAACAAGCAUUCCCUGCUCUCCGCCGAAGAGCUGACCGACCUGAUUGUGGGCCGGGGUACCUAUCCCAGCCGGAAAACGGUUUCCAGCACCCUGCACUCGGACUGUGACUACGUCACCCUGCCCAUGGGAAGUCAGGGAGGCGAGGAUGUGGAUCAUGCAGAGCAGGACUUGCCACCAGCUCCGCCGCCGCCCUACAGUGCCAGGCACGAGAAGACGGGUCUCUGUGGCCCGCCGAUCGCCAUGUGCCCAGUGCCCAAGCCCAUGGCUGUGGUGACUCCCAAGCCGGAGACGCCACCCUGCAGUCCCCCAGUGCCACCGGCACCGGCCAUUCCGGCACCACCACCAGCGGCUCUGCGCAGAAGAGAUCCGCCGCCAUAUGCUAGCUCCAAGCCCAGACCCACAUCCCUAAUAUCGGUGAGCUCGUCGGCCAAUCCUGCGCCCAGUGCGGCGGGCUCGAUGAGCUCCCUGAAGUCCGAGGAGGUGACGGCCAGGUUCAUAACCACGAGGCCACAGAUCAGCAUCCUGAAGGCCCACACCAGCCUGCUGCCCGACGGAGCCAAGCCCAGCUAUGCGGCCCCGCAUCACUGCUCCUCGGUGGCCUCCUCCAACGGAUCGGUGUGCAGCCACCAGUUGAGCCAGCAGUCGCUGCACAACUCCAACUAUGCGGGCAGUUCGCAGGCCUCACUGCACCACCAUCAUUUGCCGGCAGCGCACCACCGCCACUCCGGAUCGGCUGCCAUUGGGAUACCAAUAGUUCCUUACGGCCUGCACAAGAGCACGGCUUCGUUGCAUCAUCAGCAGUCGUGUGUGCUGCUGCCGGUGAUCAAGCCGCGUCAGUUUCUGCCACCACCGCCGCCCAGUUUGCCCCGGCAGCCACCACCGCCGCCGCCGCCCAACCAUCCGCAUCUGGCGGGCCAUCUGUAUGGAAGGGAGCUGGCCCGGAAGCAGCUGGAGCUCUACCAGCAGCAGCUCUACAGCGAUGUGGACUACGUGAUCUAUCCCAUUCAGGAUCCGGCGGUUAGCCAGCAAGAGUAUCUGGAUGCCAAGCAGGGCUCCCUGCUGGCGGCCAUGGCCCAGGCGGCACCACCACCGCCGCACCAUCCGUACCUGGCCAUGCAGGUGUCGCCCGCCAUCUACAGGAGCACCCCCUAUCUUCCGCUGGCUCUGUCGGCCCACUCGCGAUAUGCAUCCACCCAGAAUCUGUCGGACACGUAUGUCCAGCUGCCGGGACCGGGCUACUCGCCCCUCUACUCGCCCUCGAUGGCCAGCCUGUGCUCCUCCUACGAGCCACCACCACCGCCGCCCCUCCAUCCGGCGGCUCUGGCCGCAGCCGCUGCCCAAUCCUCCUCCUCUUCGGCGAUGUUUGCCCGAUCGCGAUCAGACGAUAAUAUUCUGAACUCGCUCGAUUCGAUGCCCAAAACAAAGCGGCUGCCGCCGCCACCACCACCGCCCUAUGUGAACAGGCGACUGAAGAAACCGCCCAUGCCGGCGCCCAGUGAAAAGCCACCUCCAAUACCCUCGAAGCCCAGUUCCAGCAUGAUGAGCCUGCUGCCGCCCCGUAAACCGCCCACGUUGAAUCCUCACCACGCCAACCUUCCGCUAACAAAGACCUCCAGUGGCGCCCAGUGGGCGGGUGAGCGUCCGCGGCCGGAUUUGGGUCUUGGCCUGGGACUGAACCGGGGCAACAACAGCAUAUUGGCGCAGCUGCAGGCCUCGAUGGCAGCCGAGUCGCAGGCCCAGGCUCAGGCCCAAGCUCUGGACAUUGCUCUGCUGCGGGAGAAGAGCAAACAUCUGGAUCUGCCGCUGAUCUCGGCGCUCUGCAACGAUCGCUCCUUGCUGAAACAGACCAAGGUGAUGGUGAAUCCGAAGACGGGACAGGAGAUACCGAUGCCGCCCUCCGGUUCGCAGUCUUCGGGAGCCACCCUCAAUGGGGGCUCCAAUUCCUCGGGAGGCGGAACCCUGAGCAAGGUCAGAAAGGGAUCAACCGUAAGCCACCGUCAUCCGCAGGACAAGCUGCCACCUUUGCCUGUGCAACAGUUGGCGGAGGCCAACAACUACGUGAUCGAUCCCGCCGUCAUGAUGAAGCAACAACAGCAGCACCACAAGACCAGCUAGACUCGUAAUGCUAAACGGGAACGGGAACCGGAAACGGAAAUGGACAAGACGACACUCUUCUCUCUAGUUCGAUUGCUGUUCGAAGUGCCGACGUAUUUGUAUGCCCAUGUGUAGAGAGCUUUUCUGCGUUCGAAAAUUUGCAUAGAGCGAGAAGUGUCAAGGGUUUAUAUGUUUGAUCACAGUGUUUCGAAGGGUAGAAAUUCGCUGGGCACAAAGGGGAAAGAUCAGGUGACAGAGCAGCAGAAACAGUAACAUCUUAAUAGGAACUAACAUGCAUUUAACUACAAAAAAGCCAGAUUGCAAAUGAAAAUACUAUUUUUGGAGCUUUGACAGAGUACUCCUUACGGUGGAAUAAACAAAAGCCCAUUCGCGAAUUCUUAAGCAUUAUGAGCCUUAGCGGAAUACACCUAACAGUGGACAAACAAAUCAUAUUCGCGAAUUCUUAAGCAUUCCAUCUUUUGAAGUCAAUCUAACACUGAAUUCAGAUGAAAAAUACAAAAAACUAAACAACUUAGAUCCGCUGAAACAACUUAACAAACACAGUUAAUAUUUUCACUACAUGACGUAGGCCUAAAGUAACAGAAGCCAGUUUUACACCAACUACAGAGACGGGACGUCAGGAACUAAACCUCAAAUACGCAUUCAAAUAAUCAGAACCCAGUCUAGUCACAUAAGGGAAUUGGUAACGUAGCCACAGCACAAGCCACAAUGACACACCAUCAUCGGUAAUAGAGAGAGAGUAGAACAAAAUGGGAAGCAACAAUACUCAAGUAUAAAAUACGACCACUUCUAAUUAACUAAACUACAUCGUAGAACUUUAGUCUUAGCUGCAAAUACUUAGUUAGGCCAGAAAAGCGAAUACUUAACACUAACUACUUCCGCCCAAACAACUGUGAUUGAUUUUUAUUUAAACUUACACUAAAUUUACAACUAUUUUAGUCAGCAAGAACAACGCAACAUAAAACUAUGCAAAUUUUUUAGUACGUAGCAAUCGCUCCUCACACAUAAAACAGACAUACUCACAACGAAUCGGGCCAACGAACGGACCGAGUGGAAAACGUUCAAAUCGGAUCGGUUUUGAAACGGUUUGAAUCGGUUUUGCUCGAUUUGAUCGCUGGACGAAAGGAACUAAAGAAUUUCAAGAGUGCCUAGACUUGCCCUCCAUCCCACCUUAGUAGUAAGCGCGAUGAUUAUGAUUUAUUUUUAUUAUCCACUUUGAUUGUUUAUUUUUUGUUCAAUUAUUAACCCCUAACUAUUUUUUUGGAUGUGUGAGUGUGCGUGCAAAAAUGAUUUCGAGUUUUUGAUGGAUGUCACAAAUAUUUGCGUAGAUUUUUCUCGACUAAAAGUCUAUGGCUAAAUUGAGGAAUGUGAUCUUUGAGAAAAUGUAAAAUUUUUGCCAUAUAUCUUACAUAUACACAAAUAUAUAUAUAUAUAUAAAUAAAUAUAUAUACAUAUACACUUAUUUUAAUUUAUUAAUUUACAAAACAACAACAUUCAAUUAAUGCAUUUAUAAAGCAAAUCGUUGACUCAUCCAACAAUCGUAUACGAUAAGUAAAAAGUCCUUGAGUAAAACAUAAAAAAUUUGUAAAAAUUAUCUUUGCAAAAU